AUGUCGUGCACACAUACAAUAAACGAACAAAGCAACCCAUGGUGGCGGGUGGAUCUGGGCAGUACCCGUACAAUCUUCACCGUCGAUGUGUACGACCGUGUCGACGAGUGCUGCAGCGAGAGGCUAAACCCUUUCUAUGUGCACGUCGGUCACAGUACGAGCGUAGCCAGUAACCCAUCCUGUGACGGCGAACAGUCCAUAUCAGGGGACUACAAAUCCGUGCCGUGCAAUGGUCUGCAGGGCCGGUACGUCGGGGUAGCUCUGCAAGGAACCAGCCGCACCCUGACCCUGUGCGAGGUGAAAGUCUUCGGCGUGUAG